CAUCCAAACUACCGACACACUCAGAAUCCUUGGGCUCACAAUCAACACCAAAUACAAUUGGAUCUCUCACAUCAACAAACUCAAAGUUGACCUUGCUAAGCCACUAGGCAUCAUCAAACACCUCUCUUCAUUUAAAUAUAACUGCCACACUUCAUCAUUAGUGCAAAUCAUAAAAUCCAUAAUCAUUUCCAAAAUAGAUUUCUGCCUUCCCAUAUAUGGAUUUGCUCCCAAAUCCCAACUUAACCGCAUAAAAACCACCCUAAAUACAGCAAUAAGAGCCGCCCUUGGAGCAUUCCGUACCACCCCCAUAAAUAAUAUGCUAGCUGAAACCAACAUCUUCACCAUUGAAAGCAAACGAGACUACCUUACCGGGAAAAUCUCCAAAAACCUCAUCCACGGAAAAUCCACCCCCCUAAAUACCCUUUCCAAAAGCCAUAAAAGAAAACACCGACUGCUCAGCACGGUAGACAGAGCCAUACAAGUGUCCCAAAAACACCUCAUCCCUUUUUCCCCAAUCAGAACCUCCACAUCCAAAAAAUUCAACAUCCUUAACAUCCACAAAUCAACAAACAUCAACCUCUCCAAUCACAACAAAAACACUACCCCUACAAUAGUCUUCCACCAACUUUUCCACUCUAUCAAAUCAGCUCUCCCCAAACACAACUUCCUUUACACAGACGGCUCCAAAGCCGGGGGCAUUACCAGCUACUGUAUUACAAACGAGUCAGCAGUAAUAAAAACUGGAUUGCUGCCAACAUACUCAUCUGUACUCUCCAGCGAAAUCAUUGCAAUACACGAAGCCAUCUUAUUUACUCGAUAUAAACGUGGAAAAUAUGCUAUCUGCACCGACUCCCUCUCCUCUAUCACCUCAAUCAGGAACCCCAACAAUCACUCCUACUACGCCUCCUCGAUCAGAAACCUAUUAUCCACCCACUUCCCUAAGAUCCUAAUAAUCUGGAUACCCAGUCACAUUGGCAUAAAAGGCAACGAAUUCGCCGACUCUACAGCCAGGAUGAACGCCAAAUUUCCCCUUAUUUACACCCCAAACCACAACUCUACCGAUAUUGCACACUUCCUAAAAAAAAUCCUCCAAUCCAAGCAAACUGACCUCCUCACAAACACCUCUACAUGGUACCAACAAAUUAGCAACCUCGCUACCAACAACACCCCCAAAAACAAUAUCCUUAAUAGAAGGCACCAGGUCAUAUUUAAUAGACUGAGACUGGGCCACACCAAGCUGACCAACGCCCACUACAUUGACAAAACAUUGCCCAACACAUGUCCAUUGUGCCACAACGCGAACAUAGACUUACGACACACACUAUACACCUGUCCCUCACUCUUACCACAAAGGUCCCUAUCAUUCAAUAACAACGACCCCAUGCAACUUAUCGCAAACCCCACCAACUCAAAUUCCAAAAUUAUCCUCAAAUUCCUACAAACCGCAAAUAUCCUCCACAAUAUAUAACCGAACAUACUGUAAAUAAAUACUCAUCCCAACAUCUUUGUAUAUAUGUAUAAAAUCUGACCCAAUUACCCUAGAGCUUAAGGCCUCAGUAGCUAUAGCUCCAACUUCUGUUAAUAUUUAGUUUUAACUAGCUAUUAGCAUUAUUUAAUA